UUAUAGUUUCUCAUCUCUUUGAGACUGAGAGCGAUACAAGUAUAAAUCCUUCUUUCUCUAUUCACCAAAGAAAAAGUACAACCCUCUUCUCCAUUCGAUUCAACUCAUUCACACCCUAUAUAUCUCUGUUCUCCCAACCAAUAACACUCUCGAUUCCACCCAAAUGGGCAAAUGGAACGAUCGUCUUCCUCGUAGAACCUUCCGUCAUCAAAAACCAUGGACGCCGCCGCAUGUCACUUACGAUUCAAAACCCAUCAUCGAUAAUGUGCCUGCUUGGGAGAAGAAAUUCUGCUAUAAGAUUGGAUCGGUACCAUGGAGAAAGAUAGUAAAUACCAAGGAUUUCAUGUCUUACUAUACUAAUGUUGUCGAUUGGAACGAUUCUGCUGUGAAAGAAGCAUUUGAUAAUGCGAAGAAACGGUUUUGGGCAGAGUUGAAUGGCUUUGAUUGUGAUAUACCAAUGCCUGACCCGGACAGUUACAUAGACGAAGUAGAUUGGAACCCGGUUAUUGAUUCUGAACUGAUGAAGGAAUUGGAGCGAACCUUUUUUAAUCCUGAUGAUGUGAGGCAAGAGAAUGAAAAUCAGUGUAAGAAAGAAGAUAUGAAGAGUAAAAGCUCAACUUCUGCUCCUGAUGGUGGUAAUGUAAAUCCUUGGGAAUCUAACAAUGCCGAGACUAGUAAAGAAGAUGGCUGGAACCAGUGGAAGAAUAAUAGUGCAGGUGUCCCGAUGAAUAUAGACGGUAAUGAGAAAUCUUGGCAAUCAAACAUUACUGAGAAAGAUACAAAGAAGGAGAACUCGUGGGGAGAUCAAGCGAAGAAAUCAUGGGGACAGGACUUGAUGGAAAUCCAGAGUUCUAACCAAAAUGAAAAUCCUUGGGACCGUGGUAAUCAGGGGUUUGCCAGUUCUAGCCAAAAUAGCGGAUGGGGUUCUUGGAACAAGGUUUGGGGCUUGAAUAAGCAUGAGUCGAGUAAUAUGGGAAAUAAUGAUGAUCCUUGGGUUUGUAGCUCUAGCCAAUACGGAUGGCAACAUAAAGGGCGAGAAACGACGGGUAGGAAACAUUGGAACCCUUAUAGUACUCAGAACAAAGGGUUCGGAAUUAGAAGAAGUGGCAAUAGCCGCCAAGUGUGGAACGAGGAUUUCUCUAAUAGGGUCGGUGGCUAUAGAAACUCGAGGUUUGGAGGAGAAGAAGCUCAAACAAGUUGGAGGGGAAACAAUAAAACAAGGGUCACCACCUACACUUGUGGUCAAUGAAGGAGAGAUAACAAGUACUCAUUGUUGUUUUGUCAAAAUAUUUAGCAAUUCUAACUUAUAAUUAUGCAUUGCUUGAUUGAAGCUUUGUUAUCUAUGGCUCUGUUCUCUGUCUUGUAAAGCACCGAAGGGGGCGGUAUGGAGCCAUCCAUCCCCAGCCCCAUAAAUUUGCACCAACUGUUUAUGCUUUUCAGUUAGAAGGGUAAUGAGUGGACAAUAAUGUAGCUUGUAUUUCAUUCUUUAAUUUACUUGCACAUACUAUAAUAUAAAAGACUUGAUUUGUUUAUUUCUAA